GGCGUUGCUGCCUUUUUCACGUUGCACGCUACCAUAUUUGCAUUUCCGGGCGCCAGAUCAGGACAUGGCUCAAAACCUUUGACACGGACGUUCAUCCAUUACCCCCCACGAAUAAAAACUCCAUCUUCUCUCUCUCAGCACCACCACUUCCAUACAUCCUUUACAAGCCAAAACCCAGACAGUGAUCUUAACUUAACACAGUGUUGUUGGCUGCUCUGCAGAGAGAAGCCAGCUUCACAAGAAGACGAUCCAUCGAUCGAUCCCCUCCCCUGUGUUGCUCGAGAAUUCUUCUUCCUGCGAUUCUUGCUGCUGCUGCAAGAGGGAGAGACGAGGGUAGCUUAAGAGGGGGAUGCCCUUGGGUGACCUUCUCCUCCACGGCAACCAGGACCAGCUCGCCUCCUGCGCCGCCGCGACCGACCUCUGGGACCCGGCGUCGGUGCUCGACCACCGCCCUAGCCCGCCGGCAUCGGCUAGCUCCACGCUGUCUUCUUCCUCGCCCCUGCGCGCGCCCGCCGCCGGCGUGGCGGCCCUCGCCAAGAACGUCCACCCACCGCCGGCGCAGCCGGCCGCAGCCUCGCCAUGGCCUCCGCCGCCCGGGGAGGACGACUGGGUCCACCACCUCCCGCCCCUCGACAUGGGCAUGGGCAUGGGGAUGACAUGGGGGGAUCCCCACCAAUCUGCCGCCAUGCCCAUGCCGCCGGUGGCGGGGGAUCACCAGAACCCGCCGUCGCAGCAGGACAGCACCUUCCUCCGCUGGAUCAUCGGCGGGGACGACGCCUCCUCCGCCGCCGCCAUGGACCACCCGGAUCUUGACCUCGACCACAUGCUCCCCUUCCCGCUGCAUCCCGGCAACGACGACACCAAGCCCGCCGCCACAGCGCCGCCCUUCCGCUCCCCGCUUCUCCAUCAACAGCCGCAUACGCACGCCGCCUUCCACGGCGGGUUCCCUUCUUCUGCCUCCUUCGACACGCAGCAGCAGGCGGCGAAGCGGCAGCACCCGAUGGCCGGCGCGUCGUCUCCCAAGCUGCUGCCCCCUUUCGUCUCCGGCCCCGGCGGGUUCGUGUCCGCCCUCAAGCCCAAGGCCGAGGCGGGCGACGACGCCGCGGCGGUGGACCAGCUCGCCGAGGCGGCCAGGCUGGCGGAGGCCGGCGACGGCUUCGGCGCGCGCGAGAUACUGGCACGGCUCAAUCAUCGGCUCCCCGCCGCCCCCUCGGCCGGGACGCCCCUGCUCCGCUCCGCCUUCUACUUCAAGGAGGCCCUGCGCGUCGCCCUCGACGCCGCAACCGGUGAGGCCGCCUCAAGCUCGGCGGCGGCGGCUUCGACGCCGGUGGACGUGCUCCUCAAGCUCGGCGCCUACAAGGCCUUCUCGGAGGUGUCCCCGGUGCUGCAGUUCGCGCACUUCACCUGCGUCCAGGCCGUGCUCGACGAGCUCGCCGGCGCCGCCUGCAUCCACGUGCUCGACUUCGACAUCGGCGUCGGCGAGCAGUGGGCCUCGCUCAUGCAGGAGCUCGCCCAGCGCCGCCCCGGCGCCGCCGCGCUCAAGGUCACCGCAUUGGUCUCGCCCGCCUCGCACCACCCGCUCGAGCUGCAGCUCAUCCACGAGAACCUCUCCAACUUCGCUGCAGAACUCGGGGUGCCCUUCCAAUUCACCUUCUUCAGCCUCGACGCCGUCGACCCCGCCGAGCUCCUCGCCAUUGCCGGCGGCGACGCCAUUGCCGUCCACCUUCCUGUCGGCUCCGUCCACGCCGCCGCCGUGCCGUCCGUGCUUCACCUUGUCAGGCGGCUCGGCGCCAAGCUUGUCAUCUCCGUCGACCGCAGCUGUGACCGCGGCGGCGGCGAGCUGCCGUUCGCCACGCACCUGUUCCAGGCAUUGCAGUCCUGCAUGUUCCUGCUCGAGUCCCUGGACGCCAUGGGCACAGACCCGGAUGUCGCGAGCAAGAUCGAGCGCUUCUUGAUCCAGCCAAAGAUCGAGAGCUGCGUGACCAGGAGGCACCGUGCCGUGACUGCAGGCGACAAGAUGCUGCCAUGGCGGACAAUGUUCGCGUCGGCUGGCUUCGUGCCGGUGCAAAUUAGCAACUUCGCCGAGGCGCAGGCCGAUUCGCUCCUAAAGAAGGUGCCGGUGAGGGGCUUCCGUGUGGAGAAGCGCGGCGGAUCGCUCCUCCUGCAUUGGCAACGUGCGGAGCUGGUGUCGGUGUCGGCGUGGAGAUGUUGAGUCUUGAGGGCUGUCGGCGUCCUCCGGUGAGCAGCCAUGGAAACAAAGUCGGUAGGUUAGUUAGGACUAAUGAUCCUAACAAUACUUCUGCUGCAACGAUCAAAAUUAUACUCAUUAAGCAUGUCACCUCCUUGAUGGACGUUCUGCUGAUCAUGUCAUACUUGUUUUAAGUAGAUUGUUUUGGCAGAAUACAAGGUCCGGUACAGUAUCAAAUGUAUUUUAGUACUCGUGUUACUCUCUUCAUGUGAAAUCAAUGGUUACGGUUAUGCUGUUUGAAAUCUUCCACUGAAGCUGCUAUUCAGGCAUUUAUCUU